AUGAGUAAGGAAGAACCCCUGACCUACAUCCACUCCUUCCAAUCUGUCCUAGGAUGCAAUGGUCUUAGUGAUGACGGCAUAUGCCUCAUUUUUUCCUCUACCGUCACUGGAGCUGCCUUGAACUGGUUCUAUCGGCUAAACCCUAGAACUAUCAACUCUUUCGUCUGCCUGAAGCAAACCUUCUUGGACCAUUUCAUGAUUCAAAAUGAUCGUUUGUAUUUCGCGGACAAUCUAUACUUGAUUCGUGAAGGUGAAGACGAACCAUUUUGGGAGUAUGUUGCCCGCUUUAGACACGAAUAUUCCCUCUGCCAAAAGAAAUUUUUUAAAAUUGAUGUUGGGACAAACUUUGACACCAAAUACAAAUGUGGAAGACCUCUUACUAUGCUUAUUGGAGUUGAAAUUCCAAGGGCAGCCAUUGCCUUGGUUCCGCCCAUGCUCCUACCAAUAACACCCAAGAUGGUCAACACUUCAGAAGAAAGGAUGGCUAUCAGCGACCUUUUAGCAAUGGUAAACGAAGCAGUCACUUCAACAACUAUCACUCUGGUGGCAUAA